UGCCAGAGUCGCCUUCAUUUUGAGCUUUGCUCUUCAUACUUUCUGUGGCCUCCUAAAGAGCGGUAUCGUCUGCGUUGAGCACAUUCUACAAGGAAAACCUAUCAAGAGUCUGCGUUGAGCAGACACGGCACGGCUUUGGGAGAUGUACAACCAGCAGCUGCAUACCACGUAAACAGGAGAGCGCGGCUGAGGCGGGAAUCGAGCGAAAUGGCGACGUGCGGAAGAUGGAGUCUCUCACGCAUCGUCUGCCUGCGGGCCGCGGUCCAGCGCAGCAGAUUCGCAGGCAGAGUGAGCAGUCAGCGCUUCUCGACAUGUGUGGCCCAGAAAUGCCCCAAAUCCCGGCUUCUGCUGCAACCGAGCACCGGCCAGCUGUCGGUGCGACACUUAUUCAUUCAGACCCAAGACACGCCGAACCCCAGGAGUCUCAAAUUCCUCCCCGGGAGGACUGUGCUGGGGGCAGGGACACUGGACUUCCCCAACCCCUCCUCUGCUGACCACAGUCCGCUGGCCAGGGACAUCUUCAAAGUGGAAGGAGUAAAGAGUGUGUUUUUUGGUCCCGACUUCAUCACUGUGACCAAGAGAGAUGAUGAUGUGGACUGGAGAGACGUCAGGCGGGACGUGAUCGAGGUCAUGACUGACUUCUUCCAGAGUGGAAGUCCCAUAACUACUCAAAUGCCAUCCGCUGAGAGCAACCCUUCAGAAGAGGAUGAAGAUGAAGUUGUUUCUAUGAUCAAAGAGCUUCUGGACACCAGGAUCAGGCCCACGGUGCAGGAGGAUGGGGGUGAUGUCAUCUUCAAGGGCUUUGAGGACGGGACAGUGAAACUGAAACUGGUUGGAUCCUGCACUGGUUGCCCGAGUUCUACAGUAACAUUGAGGAACGGAAUCCAGAACAUGUUACAGUUUUACAUCCCGGAGGUGGACACCGUGGAGCAGGUGGAAGAUGAAGUGGAUGAAGUAAAUAUUAGAGUGUUUUCUGAACUGGAGCAUAAACUGCAGGAUUCAUAGUUAUACACAAACAAUAUUAAGCAUUUUUGAUAAAUGCUAAAGAUUUGUCACCUUUAACAGUUUCCUCCUGUUGUACACUCAUGUUGAAGGCUUGUUAUGACAUUUAAAAUUAGAUGUUAGCCUGCAGUCUUUUGUAACAAUUAAAUACUUUAGUAUUCAUUAUAAAUGUUUUGUAGCUGUAUAAAUGUCAUCUGUAAAGCCUAAAGAAUACAGAAUGUUUCAUAUGAUGUGUAUAAUGUACUUUCAUUGACACAAAAAGAUAUUCCACAACGUAAGCUGGCUAUAUUUAAAAAUGUAACAUUUAAAGUAUGAAGCAGACUGCUAGGCUUGUUCAAAAAUGUACUGUACAUAAAGUUAUUAAGCUUAUUCAGUAUUGUGUAUAUAGUUAUUCCGGUUGCUGUGUUUUACAGAUAUUUAAAUUUUGUGAUUCUGAUCUUAAUUUCGGCAUUGAUUGAGCUAGUAUGUAUUUAUUUUUGAGUUGUUCUCUUCCAAUGAGAAUGGAAACUACAGUCACAUAAACCAUGCUAAGAUUCUCAUUGACUGGAGUUUUUGCGAGUCACACAUUCAUCGUUCGAGUCCCCCAAAUAAGAAAAGUAAUUUUUUAAAAAUAGUUUAUCAUCUCAUAAUUAAUGUCCUUGAUCAGUACUUUGCUGAACUACCUCAGGCAGCUGCUACAGUCAGUAGUUUUUGUAGACUGAGACGGAAAAAUACUUUCGCAUUCCUUCUUGGAAAAUGGCAAUGAAGUUAUUUCCCGCAGAUUCCCAAUGGGAAUAAGGUCAGGACUCUGACUGGGCUGCUUGGUGAUGGGGUUUUUUUUUUUUUUUUUUCUCCCGCCCCCCCCCCAACCCUUCUCCCCUUUUGCCCCACUAGUGUUGCUCUGACAGUGAGCUUUGGAUCAUUGUCCUGCUGAAAGGCAGAUGUCCAUUCUGCUUUGAGUUUUUUGUCUGAGGAUAGCCUGUCGUGUGCAUCAUUGUCUGUCCCUGCCAUUGAAAACCUUUACAUUUAUUCAUUUAGCAUUAUGUUUUCACCAAAGGGAUGUACAACUCGAAAGCUUCACAACGGGCAGCGGGCUUUAGAUACAGGCACACGACCAUCGAAGCAACGUUGGUUUGUCCAGUACUGCCAUUUAUUCGGCCCAGUGCACGUUACUCAAGUGACUGCCUAUAGAACUGCGCCACACGGGAAGUACGAAGCUUAUUGUGACAGAUGAUUUAAUGAAAACUUUAAAUUAACAGCAUUAAAUGCGAUGCAUUUUAAGACUCCUCUUGAAUUCUGAAGUGAAUUGAGCAGGUGUGCGGAGAGAGGGAGUCCAUUCUACUGCUUUGGAAUCAAAACGGAGACUCUAGAGACAUUGACUUUUGGAUCUCUUGUGAGCGGGACUAUCAAGGGGCCCAAGGUGGAGAAGCGUGAUGUUCUUGCUAGGGUGUAUGGAGUGAUCAGGUCUUGUAAGCAUCGGGAUGGAGAUCCUUUGACCAUCCUGUGUGCCAGAGUCUAGAAGUUGAUUUGGGCAGCUGCAGGAUGCCAAUGGGAGCUACAUGGAAACACUGGUAGUGGUUACAGCUGCUGCCUUUGGACCCUAAGGUUGCAGGUUCCAUUGCUGCCUCCAGCUGUAGUACCCUUGAGCAAGGUGCUUACCCUAAAUUGCUCCAGUAAAAUUACCCAGCUGUGUAAACUGAUAAUUGUAAAUAGAUUGACGUUGUAAGUUCCUUUGGAGAAAAGUGUCAGCUACUAUAAAUGUAAAUCGUCUUGGUCUCUGUCUCACACACGCGUACAAUUGUAUGUAUUCCGAGGUUAAGUAUUGCACCGGCGCACAUUUGAGUUGCAGAUACAAAGGGCAUGAAUGUUUGUUAUAUUUGAUCAUUUCUGCUUUUUGCUUUUAAUAAACUGGUCAAAAGUU